AAAUGCACUGCCGAUAAACAGAACAUACAGAAUAGUCUCUGUGUGUUUUCGAGGUCACUACUGGAAAAUAACAUGUGUUGUGACUGAUAGUUUGGAAAGCACAGUGAUGUUGUGGAGUGUUUCACGAAUGCUGUUGUCGUACCAUGUGUAUUAUGUGUUCAAGUAGAUCUUUAUAGACUAGUGUAAGUCUAGAUCUACACCACAGACUGCGUAGUCUAGAUGGAAAAUUACGAAAAAUGAAGUUCACUUGUAGUCAUUCAAGCAUCUUAUCUCUAAAUUCGGGCAUGAAGUUUUGUUUGCAUUCAAAAUGGUGGUCAUUCAGCUCCGAUGUGUUUAUAGUGGUUUUAUUUAUUACGACUUUGUUAUCCUUUGUUAGUUGUGAAGAGGCCCCGCUGCAGCCUUCUAGUAAUAUUAUACCUAAGACGUAUCGUGAAGCAGAAAUAACUGUGACUACUUCAGGGGGAGAUCCUAAAAAAGAGCAGAAUUCUUACAAAAUUGUGGGGAAAUUCGGUGUCCAUAGCCAAGUUAAGGAAGUUUCUGGUAUUAUUGUGCAUGCUGUUACAUAUAAUAAAGAAAAUGACCAUUUUGGUUGUAAAAAAUAUGAAUUUCCAGUACCAACGUCGGGACCAUGGAUAUCACUAGUGGCACGAGGAGAAUGUAAUUUUAAAGAUAAAAUCAUUUGGGCCCAGAAAGCCAAUGCAUCAGCAAUUGUUAUUUAUAAUAAUAGCUCACAGAAAGAUCUUGAUGUUAUGAAUCACGACCCUUUAGGCUUCACUUCAGUGCUCAUUUCCAAAGAGAAUGGACGCACCAUCGUCGAUUCUAUGGAUAAAGGUAAACAGACAGUGCACAUGGAUAUUAUACCAGGGGAAGAGAAAGAAGGAACCAUGCCCAACACCAUUAGCAAGACUUCAGUGUUGUUUGUUUCAAUAUCUUUUAUAGUGCUAAUGAUAAUUUCUUUGGCCUGGCUUGGAUUUUAUUAUAUUCAAAGAUUUCGUUAUUCACAUGCAAAGGAGAGGCUUGCUAGAAGAUUGGCCUGUGCAGCCAAGAAAGCUAUUGCUAAGAUUCCACAAAAGACUAUCAAGUCUGGAGAUAAGGAGCUGGAAAACGAUUUUGACCAAUGCGCCGUCUGCAUAGAGCCCUAUAAAGCCCAUGACGUCAUACGAAUGCUGCCUUGUAGGCAUAUUUUCCAUAAAUCUUGUGUAGAUCCCUGGCUGCUGGAUCAACGCUCGUGUCCCAUGUGCAAGUUGGAUAUACUUAGGGCUUAUGGCAUGCAGGUUGGUGGAAGCCAAGAGUCUGUUCGACCUGACCCAGAAUCAAGUCAUGUUCCACAACGUACUGUUGUACAUGUGGGUGAGCCUGAGGCCAGUUCUAGUGUAGAGGAAGCUCAUAAUGAUGAAAUUAAGGUUCUCUUGGUCCCCCACAUGUGUCUCCACUUUCAUUCAGGCAAAGAGAAAAGUAGGCCACCAGACGAGGCUUCUUCCAGCCUUUUUGGGGCCUCGGGUGGGCCAUCCGGUGACCACCGGUCUUGCUCGAGCGGCUUCAAAACUGGUGGAUGCAACAGCAGAGUUGAAAGGUGUGAUGAGGAGGCAGCCUGUGGUGGCUCUGAAUUGAAGGCCCUGCUGCAGCAGAACAGUGGUGAGAAAGAGGUCAAUGGAAGGUCACGAUGCGAUGGGGAUGACACAAGCACCAAUAGCGUUGACAUUUCUUAUAAGGAAUGCUGCCAGGAUAGUAGCAGGCAGUCAAAUAGUCGUGUGGGCUCCACCAAGCGUGGCUCUAGUGCUUUGACCUCUCCGACCCCAUGUGACAAGGACUGGGAUGAUUCGUCUACCUGUUCCUGCGUGACAGGGGACAGCGAAGAUGAUGACCAAAGAGGUGAACAUCAAACUGUAAGUGUUCUAACCGAAUGUCCUGGGUGUCAACACUCCAGCAGGGAGCCUGCAGCAUGAUACGCCAAAGUAUUUUCAAACUGUUUGCUAAUGUGCUUUCUUUUGCAAUAGAAAUAUUCUAGGCUAGAAAGUUUGACAACAUUUGUUCCAUACAAGGAUAAAGGUGGAAAUGAGUUUCAAAUGAACAAAAACCAACUGAGACUAGUUCUCUUCCCAAGAGCACAAAUUGAAUGAUAAUGUUUUCUUUAAAGAACUGCAUAGAUGUGACACACCUUUUUGAUAUCUGGCUUGCAAAGAGCUGUAUCUUCAUUGUACUGUGUCUACACAAAUAUCGUUCUGCUCUACAAAACCAAAGUUACUUUCUUAAUAUGGAAAUAUCAAAACACAUAAACAAGAACUUUUUUUUUUUAUUUUGGUUUCCUGAACUUACAUCCCACUACUUGCUGGUUUUCCUAUUUGCCUUCAGGGAUAUUUUCAAUUAAUUUGUCAGGCUGCUUUAACAAAAAUGUUCUCAUUGGACUGUGAUGAUGACGUUAUAGUGGCUACUUGUCUUUUCAAAGAAUGAGCAUUGUUGCAAAAAAAAACAAUAAGAUAUAAUAGUGUCUGUUGAUUUGAUGUUUUUAAUGUGUUUUCAGAACAAGGUUCAGUAUUAAAAACAAAAUUCAUAGAAAGUACCUUCACAGAUACACUGUAGAUUGCUGCCUAUUUGAAAAUGUUUUAACUGGUAUAUUGUGAUCAUUUUUUUUUUUAUUAAUGAAGAUGAUGUCUGAUGAACCUGUUAGAAAUGCUUUUCUACAAUGUGUUGAGGUUUUAAAUUUUAAAAACUAUUGUGAUAAUUGUAUGAAAUUUUGUAUUGUGUUUAUGUAUGUGUCAAGAUCUAAGUGACUUGAGUUCUCCCCUACAAUUGAUGGCAGACUUUACUGGGAUAUAUAUGCUAAGAAAAUUAAAUUGGCCUAGUUUAGGACACAUCUUUGGUUUGUGGCCGACAGGUACUUUUGUAUGAUAAAUUAUAAUGUAAAUAGACACAGACAUUGGCAUUUAAUCUUUCGCUGGCAAUGACUUUAUUAGGAUGCUAAUUACAAAAUCAGAAUUACAAUUUUACUGGAGGAUUUUUUUUUUGUCAAAUAUUUCAAUGCUUUAAAGCAGCACAUCUUUAGUAAAUUAUUGCUUUAAAUAAUCCUUUCAAAGUUUUUGUUAGUAAAGUACUUUUAGUUCAAAUAGCAUUUCUUGUAGCUUCAACUGUUACAUUUCCAUUGUGUUAUUUUUUUACCAUUGCAAUUUGGGUGUAACCUGUUUUAAUCAUGCUUUAUGUUACCAUUUCAAUGUUUAAAAUAAAACACUCAUCAAGCAGGAAAUGAAUGUAAACUAAACAUUAGGCCUACAUUUGAAAUAAAAACUUCCUAGUUAUUGCAGCUUGUGACAUGAAUGCCUAAUGAACAGGGUUUAAUUUAGGCUGUAACCUCUGUUCAGAAUACUUCAUGUUUCCUGCUUUCAUGAGGCUGUAACACAUUUGACUUCUUACAUGAAAACAUUUGUAUGUCUUAACUAAUUAAAAGAUAAUGUGCUUUUUACAUAUUUGUUUAAAAAGUUUAAUAGGACAAGAAGAGGAUUUUAGAAAGAAAUGUAAAGAUAAUUCUUGUUUAGAAUUGUAAUUUAAAACUAUAUAAAAUAUUUGAUAGACAUUUUUUUUUUUUCAGAAGAACUAAUCCUUGUGUAAAGACUGGUUUAGCCUAAACCUCAAACAGAACUGCAAGGAAUACAAAUGGCAUUAGAAAUGAUAAGAUAAUUUAUAUUGGUCCAAUCAAAUGGAAAUUCAGUUUGACUACAAUUGACCACCUCAGUUUUUGAACCUUAGCUUUUGGACGUUGUAAAGCUCAUACCACAUCACUAGCCAACAAGCUAUUAUAAUCAUCUUUCAAACUUUAUUCACUUGAUCUUUAGUUAUUAUUAUAGCAACUAUUUCUAUGUCUUAAUGUUUUGUCAUUGUUUUAAAUAUCAACAUACUUAACAAUGAAAACUCUUGCAUCUUGCAUUGCCAAUGUGCUAGGAGAAUGGAAGAAUAGAAAGUGGAGUGUGAUUUGGAGGGAUGACUGUAUUGUGGAUUGUGUUUCUUUGUGUGGAGUCUCAUUGAUGCCACAACCUUUCCUGUACAUUCACAAGAUUUUCUGUGAGGUGUAUACUUGAAGUAAUGUCAGUACCUGAUUGUCCUAGACAAGAGUUGUUUUUUUUUAAGGCUGUGGUUUAAAUUGAAGCUUGCCAUACAGUGUAUAUAUAUAUAUCAAAGCAGACUUAAAUUGAGGUGCACAAGUUUUGUUUUUAAUAUAUGCAUGUAAUAUUUGUUUUGUCCUAAAUGAACUGGAAAAUCACAUAUUUUUUUUUAGUAUACGUGUUUUUUGUUAUUGUUUUUGUUUUAAUUGUGAGAAUAAUUUUGGUGUCAAUCAAAUACUAAAAUGACCUUCAAUGUAUAUGUAAGUACAGAUAUAAUACAUUUGUAAAGCUCAAUACUGCAAAGGCUUAAGAAGCCUGUUCUUGAGGAGUUCGAACCCUGCCUGCACCUCUCUCCCACCUUCCUGUGAGAUGUUUGGCUUAGAAUGUAAUAAUCUUUAUCCCUGGAACAUCAGAAAUGUGUUGAACAAAGAGACAAGUUUCAUUAACAUGAAAACUUUUCAGUAGGGUACAACAUUUCAGUAUCUUUAGACAACAUUUCAGUAGUAGGGUACAACAUUUCAGUAUCUUUAGACAACAUUUCAGUAGUAGGGUACAACAUUUCAAGAAGUUUUUUUUUCACAAGUUGAAUAUAGGUAAGAAUUAAGAGCAUAAAAUAAAGCCAAGAAUGACAAAAAGUGUAAUAAAUGUAAAAAAUUCAUUUUGCAUUGAAAUGUCAAGUACUUUCUUGAACACUGUACAAAUAAUGAAGCAUUUUAUUUCACUACAGUUGCAGGGGAGUAACUACAGUAAACCACAAUACACUUGCUUGACUAUGAAACUAUGACUUAUUUUACAUUUUUGUAUGCAACUACUUUUUCAGUUCCGUGUCUUUCUAAACUCCUUUUUUUCUUUCGUUAACAUGUUUAUCUAAGUAGACAAAUGGGAAAAUUUGACAUAACUUAUAUAAUCCUAUAGUGCACUGACCUAUACUCUUGGAAUUAUUUUCAAAAUGAUUUAAAAGCUAACCUAAAUAAUAUAUUUUAAUUUCUCAUAUGGGUCUAUAGGGGUAGAUGGAUUCAUUAUGACUCGAGAGGCUGAACAGAGGGGUAGUGAGCAAACUUUACACCCAAGUCAAGAUACUUCCCCAUUUACCAUGAACAUCACUUAGAAAUAUGGGUGCCGCUCUGGGGUGUGGCGCCCCCUCACUACACCUCUGAGUCUAAAUGAGCACACCAUGGCCCGAAAAAAUGUUCCAAAUAAAAAAAUUGAGUAUGAACUUAUUGUAUGCAUUUCAAACUGUCGUCAGGAUUUUAUAGUUCGACCUUUAUUCCCUGUUAUUCCCUGUUGUGUUUAGGUUUUGACUUAGUUUGAACAUUUCCCAACCACAGCAUUGGUCUACUAAAUAUUUCCAGAGUUUGUGUCACUUAAUGAUGUAAGUGUAACUCCCAGUCUCUUAGCUGAAUUGACUGUUUUGUUUUACUUCAUUGACAUUGGAAGAAAUCAGUUUUAUUGAUGUAUUGUUUAAAGAUAUCACAAUAAGCUCAACAUUUCCUAUGACUUGCUCUCCUAUGUAUCACUUCGGCAAAGUUAAAAUAAAUGUUUUACAAACAUAUGACAUUGUUUGAAGAAAAAAAAAACUGUUAUGAGAUAAUGGCAGCUCUAGAGGUUUCAAAGAUCAAUGCAAUCAUUCUUUUACAGGUAAUAGUUUAAACAUAGUGUUACAAUCUUAAUGAAUGUUUUAAUCUUAGUAUAGUAUUGUAGACAUGAUAUAAAAGUUAAAUACUACAUAAGUGAGCAAUUUGUUAAAUCACAUAAAAAAUUUUAGUAUCAUUAAUUAAGUUAGACAUUCUGCUUAUUAACAUUUUACCGGUUAAUUGCAUUACAAGAUAAUGUACUGUGGUCAUGCUAUUCCAUCAGUUUCCACUGGAUUUGUUUCUUUUUGUCAAUAUUAAAUGAUUAGAAAUGUUUUCUUAAUUCUAAAGUGAUGAUACAUUUUUAUGUCAAGGAACUUAAUGAUUCUUUGGCUGAAAAGCUGCAAUUGUUAGAUAGAGAACAAAGUUAAAUGUUUUUUGUGGACUAAUCAUAGCAAGUAGUACCUUCCUAUUGUUAUCUUCCUGAUACAAGGAAUGACUAGGAUGUGCUCCUUAGACCUUGUUGUGGGGUCAUCUCUUUUGAGUAACAUCUCCAAUAAUGCGUGGGGUCAUCUCUUUUGAGUAACAUGUCCAAUGAUGCAUGGGGUCAUCUCUUUUGAGUAACAUCUCCAAUAAUGCGUGGGGUCAUCUCUUUUGAGUAACAUGUCCAAUGAUGCGUGGGGUCAUCUCUUUUGAGUAACAUGUCCAAUGAUGUGUGGGGUCAUCUCUUUUGAGUAACAUGUCCAAUGAUGCGUGGGGUCAUCUCUUUUGAGUAACAUGUCCAAUAAUGCGUGGGGUCAUCUCUUUUGAGUAACAUGUCCAAUGAUGCGUGGGGUCAUCUCUUUUGAGUAACAUGUCCAAUGAUGCGUGGGGUCAUCUCUUUUGAGUAACAUGUCCAAUGAUGCGUGGGGUCAUCUCUUUUGAGUAACAUGUCCAAUGAUGCGUGGGGUCAUCUCUUUUGAGUAACAUCUCCAAUAAUGCGUGGGGUCAUCUCUUUUGAGUAACAUGUCCAAUGAUGCGUGGGGUCAUCUCUUUUGAGUAACAUGUCCAAUGAUGCGUGGGGUCAUCUCUUUUGAGUAACAUGUCCAAUGAUGCGUGGGGUCAUCUCUUUUGAGUAACAUGUCCAAUGAUGCGUGGGGUCAUCUCUUUUGGGUACCACAUCCCAUGAUUUGUGGACAUUGUGGCAUUAACCACUUAGCAACCAAGCAAGGGGGCUUGUGUUGAAUUCUGACUCGAGCUGAGUUUUAUGUUUGUUGAGUACCUAAUGACAGCAUGGAAAUGGACAUCUUCUCUCGGAUGCUCUCUCCCCCUGUAGGUCCACACAAGAGAUUGGGUCUGAGUGCACUGAGCAUGCUUAUAACAUGAAGGCUAUAUAAGAGUAAUUCAUUAAAUCAUCUUUUAUUGUCCAUAUGUUCUACACAAUAGAUUUGAUUCUUGUACAUGCUUCAGUCAACAUGCUUCUUUUUCUGGACUAAAUAGUUGAUUUGAGUGUAAAUAGUUGUCUUCAUUGUUCCCCUCAUCUUUGUGAUCACUAGGUCAGGCCAUUCAGGUUCAGUGUUUUACUUUGAUUUGCUUCAUUUGACCAUUCAGUGUACAGACGUUUUCAUUGAACAUUGUAAUAACAGAUUCAUUCAGUAUUUCACUGUUGGACUACACCAGCUAUAGAGAAAUAUAUUUUAGAGUUUGUGAAAGAAUUUCUUGGUAAAAAUGUGAUAAUUGUAAAGAUUUACCACUUUGGCAUAAUCAUUUCUUAAUAGGAUACUCGGUUGACUUUCAUGUUGAACAAAUGUAUGACAUUAAUGAAGCUGUUUAGAAUAGAUGUUCAUGUUAAAUUGAGCAUAAUCAUAAAUUCUGACUAUUUCUCAGGCUGCAGUAGUUAUUGGUAUGUGAAGUCUUUGGUCAAUGGCAACUAUAUGUCAAAUGUGGAGGCUCAAUAUUUAGUGUCAAAGCAUUCCUUUUUUUUUUAGGAAGGGGGGGGGGGAAUAUGAAGUGCAGAUGAAAGAAUGUAGAAUGUACAUUUUAAUGACAUCUUUUAUGUUCCUUCAUAAGCUGUAGAAAGUUGUUGUUUUGUUUUAUUGGCCUUCCUCCAUUAGUAGUGUGACUACAUGUACAAAAAGCAUCCCUUACUUAUUGAAGAGUGCAGUGUUUGGUCACAUAGUAAUUGGAGGCUAAAUGUAUAGUACUGACCUUGACUAUUUUGUUGGAAAUAUUGUAAAAUAGAUUAUUUGUUUAAAUUAGAAUGUAGUCAAUGAAUUCCAUAUUUACAUGGUGUCUAAAUAUGAGUUUAAAACUGUCACUAGAUCUCUUAAUGUGGCAUAGACUUUAUCAAAGUUAAAGUUUACAAAAUUAAACUUAUAAAAAUCUGGCAAUGAAGGGAAGCAAGCAUGAAUAUCACUGUAUGUUAUGUUGUUUGUCCUUUACCUCCCCUUUUCAUUUUGAUUUGUAUUGUUGUGUGUGGUGUGCACACCAGCCACAUGCCCCUGUCUGCUAAUACUCACAUUCUAUGGAAUUAAGAAUACGUUACUUAAAUUGUUUGUUUGCUGGACAGUUGUCAAAUUUUACCUGACAGAACAAUACCAAAACUAUUCAUGUUUUCUUUUUGAGGAUAAAAUCCUUUUUUUUUAACAAAUAACAUCAUAUUGUACAUUUUUUCCAUUUUACCCAGACAUUAUUGUUAACUUGUUAAAAGACUAAUUCUAGCAUUUAUAGUUACACAACAUACCAUAGAAUAAGAUUGUACACUAUUAUAAAUAUUCUUCUUUGUGAUUUGCUACAAUACUGUUACCCCAAUUCCCAACAAAAAUUUAUCAAUGGAAAUCACUUCCACAGUUCACUUGGCCUAGCUGACUAGCAAUGAUGCCACACAUUGGCUAAAACUCAUUGUUACAACUAAUAUGUUGGGAAGUUCUUUUAAGUUUCAGGUAGGAACAAAAAAAUGUUGAAAAUUCUAAAAUGUUUCACUGGACACAGUUUCUUGAUUAAACAUUUGUUGUCAUUAAAUAGUGUCAGAAGAUUUCUGAAAAUCCUGGAUAACCUUAACUACUUGUUUAGCAUUUGGAAAUUUGUAUAGAAGAAAUGUUCUCUCUAAUAAGAUUAUCAUUGGACGAUAUAUAUAGUGAUAGAAAUGUAUCAAGGAAAAUAAUCUGGAAGAAAAAAUAUAUUGUACAUUUGAAGAACUAUCAGAGUCCAACCAUCUCUAAUGGAUACCUGACUAGUUGGGGAAAGUAAAGGCUCAUCAACCAUUAGUCAAAGAAACAGAUGACCUUAAUAUCGUUUGGCCUAAAGAUCACUAGGUCUGAAAGGGGGAACUUUAAGAAUUAUCUGACUUAAUGGAAAAUUUAUUGGAGAGCUUCAAAAAAAUGCUGCAAUUUUUUUUGUGUGUUUAAAACAAAUUUGUCUAAAAACGUUCAUAUAUUUACUUCCAAACUUUUACCUUCUAUAGUUUGUGUAGUUGUCUAGCCAUGAUAAGCUAUUCGGCAACUUUAUUUACAACUCAGUGUUUCAACACACAAAAAAAGCCAUCCUUAGCUGUUAGUGGCAAAAUUGUGGUUAACUUUUAAAACGCUGACAAAUGAUCAAGCUGACUCCACAAAGAAAAUGCAUAUCUCUUUAUUGUGUGUGGAAAUGUGUGUUGUUUUAAUUGACUUUUGAUUGGAGUUGAUUCAUGACUUUGAAGGCGUUGAUGACUUUGACUUGUAUUUGACUUCAGAAGUCCUUGCUCAGUUCUGUCGUUGCAUUGGAAAUAAAAUUAAUUCUUUCAAAACAGA